CACUGCUGCUUUUCCACAGCCUGACAGUGAGAGCAGGUGAUGCUCAAUUGCAACUUGAAAGGGCUGGUGCAGCAGAUUGUUGAAGGGCGCACGCUCCUCCUGCAGGGUCUUGAAAAACGGUAAAUCAAGACCGAAUGUUCUGAAUGUGAGACUCUCAAUCUCGUAAGGGUGCCGGUAGUGAAGGCCUUCGGGAGUGAAGGAGGGCAGGCGGUGGGUUUCUCCAGACAGUGUUCAUGUGGUAGCAAAUUGGCACCUAAAAUGUUCUCAGCAGACUUCGAGUGAGCUCAGGAUUGGGUUGGCUACGCAGUGGUGAUACAGCACGAGCGUUGAUUGACUUGGAAAUCCGCCAUAAAAGCAGAAUCACAAUUCCAAUGCGCCACAUGAACUUUUGAAAGCUGCGGCUCAUUCUUAUUAGGUAGUGUAGUAUAUAUUAGAACCUGUAAAAACUUCAAAUUGUGGCUCAGCUGAGCUCGCAAUCUGGUAAAUCUGACUCAAUAAGCAGCAAGAGGGCUGGGUGGACUGCGGACACAAUCACUAGCACUUCCAACGUGUAUGGGAAGUGAUGCGUCGCAAACCUUUCGGAUUGGGGACACCAAAAACCAGCAGCCCGUGCUAGUGAUUGCACUCAAAUCUGCGGUGCACAUCCGCAAUGAAGCACAUCCUGCCCGGUGGCGGACUUGAAGACGCGCACUGCACUUGAUUGGGGGGUAGGCAGGUUUCAAAAGGUGUGACAGACCAGCGGGGGCCAGGAUGAACUUCUCCAACGUGCCCAACAAGCGGAAGAGCGGGGCUGCGUCUCCUCUCCAUGGAGACUACACGGCCAGCGGGGCGCAGCUGACCAUGUACCAGGUGCCACCAAUCGAAGACGUGGCUCUGGAGGAGUUUGAGCAGUUUGCGCUUGACAGGCUCAGAGUGCUGAAGGGUGUUGAGGAGGCUCGUUCGCGUGGUCGGAAGCCUGACGAACUUGAGUCAGUGGUGAAUGAUCUUUGGAGGAAGCACAUGCGCAUGGGCGACGCUGCAGAGACUACCCGGAAGGACAUCAUCUCACACUAUGUGUUGCGGCUAGCGUAUUGUCGAACAGAGGACCUGCGCAAGUGGCUGCUGAGCCAGGAGAGCGCUCUCUUCCGGUACCGCUUCCGGAUGGAGAGCCCCGAUGCGCAGCGCCGCUUCCUCACUGAGAGCGGCCUGCCCUACAACCCAGUGGCCAAUGCAGAGCUGGAGGCGCACAAGGACAAGCUGCUGCAGGUGGCUCGUUCAGUAGCGGGGGCCGGGGCAACAGCUGAGAGCGUGUACUACAAGGUGCCUUUUGAGGACGUCCCUGAGCUGGUGGCCGGACGCAAAGUCCUGCUCAGCAAAGGCUGGGCCUACGUGCCACGCGACCAGCUGGCUGCGCUGGUGGUGGGUCACUUCCGCACCCGGCUGUCCAAGUCCCUCACGCUGACGCGCAGUCAAUGGAACGCCAAGAUCGAAGCGCAAGAAAAGGAUCGGCUUACUCCGGUGGUGGAGGCGUUGUCGUCCCGGUACCUGGGCCCCGACUACUCGACGCCGUCCACCAAGGCAGGCGUGCGCGUGGCCGACGUGGACGCGCUCGCGGCCGCGUCGUUCCCGCUGUGUAUGCAGCACCUGCUGCACAAAGUGCGCGACGACCACCACCUCAAGCACGGGGGACGGCAGCAGCUCGGCCUCUUCCUCAAGGGCAUCGGUUUGACUCUAGAGGACGCUCUCACCUUCUGGAGGACCGAGUUUGCACAGAAGUUCGGCGUGGACAAGUUCGACAAGGAGUACGCCUACAACGUGCGGCACAACUACGGCAAGGAGGGCAAGCGCACGGACUACACGCCGUACAGCUGCAUCAAGAUCAUCAGCUCCACGCCCGGAGUGGGCGACCACCACGGCUGCCCGUACCGCCACUUCAGCCAGGACAACCUCUCGGCCGCGCUGGGGCGGAUGCGGCUAAACCGGAAAACGAUCGAUGACGUCAUGACCAAAGUGAAGAAUCACCACUACCAGUUGGCGUGCGCGGCGACGUUCGAGGGCGUGCACGGCGCGCCGUGCGAGUCGGGCAUCAACCACCCCAACCAGUACUUCGACGAGAGCAGGAAGCGGGCCGCGAGCAGAGAAGGGGACGACCCCACCGCGCAGGGGACCCCCCCGGUGGCCGAGCGUCAGCCUGCGGCAGAGAGGGCCAGCCCGGUGACACCAGUCCACUGAAGGGCGCACAACGGGCCCACUCGAAGCUCAAUUCCGUUGGCCGGAGAUCGUGUACGUCAGAAAGAAGCCCGCAACUUCUGUUGACGGGAAUGAUGGAAAUACCUCCGCUAAAAGCAUGUGCACAAUCUUCAAACGUUUGGUCUUCAAGGCUCAGCUUCAGGCAAUCUAUAGGUGUUCGGACAGGAGUCUCUUCAAAGGUAUCCGACUCGCAUUGCGGUCUGCUGGACACCCAGAGCCGACCCGUUCACAGCCCGUUAAAGAAUGAACCACCAUUGCGUGUGCGAGCUCAAGAGCCUUUAGUGUUACUGACGCGCUAUGAAGUCAGAUACAGUGGCACGUCAGCUUUCACCGCAGCUGAUCUUGAUAACGUGUGAAUCGGAGCUACUUCGUGCCGUGACCAGGCCUCCGGUGGCGAUCACUUGAUCUAGUCGCAAGACGGCUGCCC